CACACAAGAACAAGCAAUACUCACUCUUCUUCAUCACAUUCACAUGAUAUGGCACUCCGCACCUUAUUAGUUUUCCUUCUUCCCCUCUUGAGUGUUCUUGUUUGCGCAUUACCAUCGGUUACUUUUGCAGAAACAGUUUCUCCCAUUCUUGACGUUGCUUCACUUAAUCGCAGCAGUUUUCCUAAAGGCUUCGCUUUUGGGACAGCAUCCGCAGCAUAUCAAUAUGAAGGUGCAGCAAAAGAAGGUGGUAGAGGAGCAAGUAUAUGGGACACCUUCACCCACGAACAUCCAGAUCGCAUCGAGGAUGGAAGCAAUGGAGAUGUCGCAGUAGAUGAAUAUCACCGCUACAAGGAAGAUGUUGGGAUCAUGAAAUCUAUGAACCUGGAUGCUUAUAGAUUUUCUAUCUCUUGGUCUAGAAUCCUUCCAAAAGGAAAGCUCAGCGGAGGUAUCAACCAAGAAGGAAUUAAAUAUUAUAACAAUCUCAUCAACGAGCUGCUAUCUAAUGGUCUACACCCAUUUGUAACACUUUUUCAUUGGGAUAUGCCCCAAGCUUUGGAAGAUGAGUAUGGUGGUUUCUUAAGUCCUCAUAUUGUAGAUGAUUUUCAAGAUUAUGCCGAGCUUUGUUUCAAGGAGUUUGGAGAUAGAGUGAAGCAUUGGAUUACCUUGAAUGAACCAUGGUCUUACAGUGGAAGUGGCUACGCACUUGGGUCAUUUGCACCAGGUCGAUGUUCUAAAUGGUUUAACCCAAAUUGCACCGGUGGUGAUUCAGGGACAGAGCCAUAUUUGGUUUCACACCACCAACUUCUUGCUCAUGCAGAAGCUGUUCAUGCGUACAAGAAAAAAUAUCAGGCAUCUCAAAAGGGUAUCAUAGGAAUAACAUUGGUGACUCAUUGGUUCGUACCAUUUUCAGAUAACAAAUUUGAUCAUGACGCUGCUGGACGAGCACUAGACUUCAUGUUCGGAUGGUUUAUGGAACCAUUAACUAGGGGAAACUAUCCACAAAGUAUGCGCUCCCUAGUUGGAAGUAGAAUGCCAAAAUUUUCUAAGAAGCAAGCUAGGCUAGUUAAUGGUUCAUUUGAUUUUCUUGGACUGAAUUACUACACCUCCAAUUAUGCUGCCAACGCACCUUCUUUAAGCAAUGCUAGACCUUUUUUCUUCACAGAUGCUCUUGCCAAUCUUACAACUGAGCGCAACGGGAUUCCCAUAGGUCAAAGGGCUGCUUCAAGUUGGUUAUAUGUUUAUCCAAAAGGAAUUCAAGAAUUGUUGCUCUAUAUCAAGAAAAAGUACAACAAUCCUUUGAUUUACAUAACUGAAAAUGGUAUGAGUGAGUUCAAUGAUCCAACACUAUCACUAGAGGAAGCUCUUUUAGACACUUUCAGAAUUGACUAUUAUUAUCGACAUCUCUUUUAUCUUCAAUCUGCAAUAAGGGAUGGGGCAAACGUAAAAGGAUAUUUUGCAUGGUCAUUGUUGGAUAACUUUGAAUGGGCUUCAGGUUAUACAUUGCGGUUUGGAAUAAAUUUUGUGGAUUAUAAAAAUGGAUUGAAGAGGUACCAAAAGCUAUCAGCAAAAUGGUUCAAGAAUUUUCUCAAAAGAUAUUAAUUAUUAAACUUUGGAUGACUGUUCGUGCCAUAAAUUAUGUAAUGAAAUACAUAAAUCAAGUUUAGCUUUCAAUAAUUAUAUGAUCCUUCGUGUUUCAUUCUCACAGUCAAAAGCAAUUGUAUUCUUUUAUAAUAGCUACUUUGCCAUA